CAUGCAUGUCUAAUAUUAAUGCUUGAAUGCGGUCAAAUUUUGAAUACAACUGUCACUGUGGUCUCAUCCUUGCCAUGCACUAUCCGUCCUUGACAGUGCUACUUUUGUUAGCUGCAUAUAGAGCAACGGCUUACUUCGAAAGUUCUGACGAGGAUGUCGUACCAUGGGAGCUGCAAGUAUGCAGUCAAAUGUACACAAAUAUCAACCAAGCCAACUCGCAAUGUGUGAACGCGUGCAUGGCUAAAAGGCAAUGCAGAGCUGGCUACUGUAAAAUAAAGGAUGGAUUGACGCGCUGCAAAUGCGGUCUGUGUCCUAUGUGGAACUAUCGUUCCUUUAAAACUCAAACUACCGUCCCAUGGACUAUACGAACAACGCUACUUCUUCUUCUCCUCUUUCCUACGUUCUCGAAAGAAGCUACGGCGAUAGCCAAGUUACAACCUCCUAGAGGCAUUCUUAUUAUCCACAACUUUCCUUUUAACAUCUCUUGGUUGGCAAGGAGUGGUCAGAAUAAAAGCAGAAAAUAA